AAUGGUCUAAGAUUAAUCUGUGAGUUUAACUGUGUUUAUUAAUUAUUUGACGUCUGUGGUUUGUGUGUUUUAUUUUAUUUUUCAUUUCAAUGUAAAAAUAAUAAUCAAGAAUAUACUUAGUGGUAUAAAAAAUAAAUAAAACACAUUGUAGCAAUUUAACAAUGUCACAAAACAUUGAAUUUUAUCAUAACCAGAUAACUCUAGCUAGAACAGAAAUUAAAAAUUUAAGGCAGCGUAUAUCAUCGUUAAAACACGAACACCAAAAGGAAAUUAACAAUAUCAAAUCUACACUAAAUUCUCUACGCUGUUUCAACUGCUCUGCUGAAGCUACAUCAAUUUCAUCUACACACAACAAUCAUGUAAAUGAUCAAGCUUCAGUAUCACAUGGUGAAGUUACAUACAAACCUAUUGGCUAUAUUGAGACAGUGUUUAACAGUAAAAGAGGUGUGCCGAGGCAGCCCACCAUCUUAACAGCUGCUCAAGGAGUUGUUGUAAUAGAUACCAGUGUAUUUAACAAUCCUGAACAUGCAUUAAGUGGUUUGGCUGAAUUUUCUCAUAUGUGGAUAAUAUUCCAUUUCCACAUGACUGAAAGCUCAAAUGUGCCAGCCAAAGUGUCGCCGCCGCGUCUGGAGGGUGAACGGCGUGGCGUGUUCUCAACAAGGUCACCACACAGACCGUGCCCCAUAGGACUGUCUCUCGUAAAAUUGCAUCAUAUUGAUGGCAAUAAAGUAUACUUCAACGGUGUGGACAUGAUCAAUGGCACUCCAGUGCUGGACAUAAAGCCGUACAUACCGCAGUACGACUACCCGCCCGCAUAUGCGCAGCCGGUGUCAGUGCGCCCGCCGACGGAGGGCACCAGUGACGCUACCGACGCAUUGGCCGAUUUACAAAUUGCCGACGAAUCUCACUCCAGAAAUUUAAGUCCAAGUUCAGGACAGCCAGCAGGUACAAACAUUACUAGUCCAUCAUCUCAUUCACCCAUGGGCGAUAUCUUAAUACCAGAGAACUUGUUGAUGCAAAUCUCCUCAUCUCCAGAAUCACCUGUGAGUGAGGAUCUUCUAGAUGGGCCUGUUACUUCUCCAAUACGAAGAGUGGAAACCGAACGCGGUGCCCCAGACGGACAAGAGAGGUUCACUCCACCACAGUCAGCAUUAAAUCUCAAUCAGGAUGGAAUCCGUGUGGCCUCAUGGGUUACCAAUCCUCCUUCACGAACAUAUCAAGUCACUUUCACAAAUGAUGCUAAUGACAGGCUUAAUGAAUUAAUUGGAGACAGAUCUCAUUCUUUCAAGGCAAAUAUUCAGGGUCUUCUAUCAGAAGACCCCAGAUCAGUUUACGUGAGGACCAGAUAUCCAGACCACGAGUACAGUUGUGUUUUAGAAGAUCUUUCAAUUAGUUGUGUUUUUGAUGAGAGUGCGUGUCUAUGUACAAUUAUUGCUGUGAGAAGUGCUGAAGACUUACAAAAUUGAUAUUUUACUAGACAUUAAGUAUUAAUAAGUUUUAGUAUGUGCUUGACUGCCUAAAUAAUUUAUUUUUGCUUCAAUAUUGGUGAUUUUAUUAUUACAAAAUUGUUUGAAAACCUA